CACUUCCGGCUGAAACAGGGCAGAAGUAAAAAAAAUCCCGUGGCUAACGUUAGCUGGUCGGCUAGCGACAAUUAACAGUUUAAUGCAUGAGAGUGUUCAUAAUACCGCAGCGAAAAAGGCGUACGUCGGGCGCUCGCGUUAUUUUUCGCUUCCUCUUUGGGACUACGAGGGGACGCCUCUCUGGUUAUUUUCUUCUGAAUUUUAAUUUUUACCUGAAGAAUCUGGAUUCUGUUUACGGAAUAUAUUGGCAUAUGGGACAUUGGGCACGCUUCGGUCAGAGGGAAUAAAUGUACGGAUAGACUUAAGUUUUUACCGGACUAUCUUCUUUCCUCGACACUCAUAAUGGGGACGCGCUAUCGCUAGUGCGGUUCGCUUUCAAAAUACCAAGGGAAGGUCAGCAUAAAUACUCUUAGCUGGCUAGUGACGGCAGCCAGUCGGCUUCUUUAAAUAUAUAUAGAUAAACAUGUUUAACCGGAGAGGAGCUGGCUGUACAGGCUUCAAUCGGCAGCCUCAGUAGCCCAAGUCGAGCUGUCAUUCGCACUGUAGUUUAAAGCCGAUAGUCUUUUAAACUGUAUAUCCCGCGUCAUUUAUCAGCCGAGACCGGUGCCUAAAGUCUCUUGCUGUCCUGGUUUAAAUAUGGCCUUGCUUCGGACUUAAUUUAAAUCUAACGAUCGCUAGUUCCGAGUAAAAAUCUUAAACCGAGGGUCGUCUUUUUAUUCUUUAAAUAUGCGAUGAUUAUCACAAAGGCACUUGGCCAGUAAGAGGUCUCUCAAGCAAGGUCUUGUUCUUUUACAUUAUCCCGCUUCCUGCAUUUCUUGGGAUAUUGAUAAACAUCUUAGUUCUUGAGUAUAUUUUGAUCUCUGUAACAAGCUAGAUAGUCACAGUAGUGUUGUUGCCGGCGGUUUUUGGUGCCGUAACUUUUUUUUAGUAGCAUUUUCUUGGAAUUCAUUGCCAGUAGACCAUGAACGGCCUGUCUGUCAGCGAGCUGUGCUGCCUCUUUUGCUGCCCCCCGUGUCCCAGCCGCAUCGCAGCAAAGCUGGCCUUCCUGCCCCCAGAACCCACUUAUGCCCUUCUGCCCGACCUGGAAGCAGGACCCACCCCCACUGCUUCCCUGGGAGCCUCGGGCCUUCGCUCCCGCGGCAGUGGCGGCGGAGGAGGAAGCAGCAAGGUGGAAGAGACGAGGUGGAAGCUCCACCUGAAAGAACGGGCCGAGUUCCAGUACUCCCAGAGGGAGCUGGACGGCACAGAGGUCUUUCUUACCCGCUCCAGCCGUGGAAACAGAGUGGGCUGCAUGUACAUCCGCUGUGCCCCUUCUGCCAGGUUUACAGUGCUGUUCUCUCAUGGCAAUGCCGUGGACUUGGGUCAGAUGAGCAGCUUCUACAUCGGCCUGGGGACGCGCAUCAACUGCAACAUCUUCUCCUACGACUACUCCGGCUAUGGCGUCAGCACCGGCAAGCCUUCGGAGAAGAACCUGUACGCCGACAUUGAUGCUGCCUGGCAGGCUCUGCGCACGAGGUACGGUAUUAGCCCGGAGAACAUCAUCCUGUACGGGCAGAGCAUCGGCACUGUGCCCACUGUGGACCUGGCAUCGCGGUACGAGUGCGCGGCGGUUGUCCUGCACUCCCCGCUGACCUCUGGCAUGCGAGUUGCCUUCCCAGACACCAAGAAGACCUACUGCUUUGACGCCUUCCCCAACAUCGAGAAGGUAUCCAAGAUCACGUCGCCAGUGCUGAUCAUUCACGGGACAGAGGACGAGGUGAUCGACUUCUCGCAUGGUCUGGCGCUGUUCGACCGCUGCCCCAAGGCGGUGGAGCCCCUGUGGGUGGAGGGGGCGGGCCAUAAUGACAUCGAGCUCUACAGCCAGUACCUGGAGCGCCUUCGCCGAUUCAUCAGUCACGACCUGGCGGCCCAGCAUGCCUGAAUGCGCCAUGUCUCAAGCCUCCCCAUGUCCAAGGACAACCUGCGAACUGGGGACCCACGGAUCCAGUGGGCUCCAGGCAUUGGGCAGCUUGUUUACCUGUGUGUGUUUGCGUGAGUGUGAGUAAUGACAGCUCAGGCAGGUGGGUGUCUGUCUGGGUGUCUAUCCCAUCUUGCUCUCUCCGCUGUUGGCCUGUUUACUGGUUCCCCUACAUAUUUACCUGGAUUUUCCCUCUGUCCAUUAUCGUCCCUGUGCAGGGAUUCAAGCUAGUGCUCAUAUUUCCUCUAUGUAUGUGUGCAAUGGUCUUCAACUGUGCUCCUGAACUUCCUCCAAUGAACACUACUGUGUGGAGGCAGAUGUGCCCCCCCCGCCCCCCCCUACGUCUGUCAGCUUCCCCAUGGUGAUCAGAGGCUGGUCUUUCUGGGAUGUAGUGUUUGCUCAUUAGGAGAUAAAUCUGGGAGCAGGACGGACUGGGGAAUCGCGGGUGACAUGUGAACCUUGCGGAUAACUUGGGAGGAAACUGAUGAAUGAUAGCAGCCUCCCCAAAAAAACAAUUUAAGCAUGACUGCACAUUCCUCAGAAUUGUUGGGGUCCUUGUAAAACAGGGACUGGUGUGUGUGAGAUGGGGUGAAGAGGUCACUGCUGCUUUUCUAUUUUUUUUUUUUGUUUGUUUUUAAAAAAAAAACAGAUUAACGUAGGGAUAGAAUUUACAUUUUAUAAUGACCUUUACCCUUAUUUUGGUUCUUCCCAUUCUCACGGUGAAGUAUGCGUGGAAGGUUUUACGUGAUGUGUUUUUCUGCAUUUUCUUCAUAACAUCUCUCAGAACUGUAUAACAAAGAAAUAUUAAAGCAAACAGAAGUCUAUUUUUAUACUAAGUGAAUUAAGGGAGCUAUCACAGACCAAUAUAUUGAUAAAGAAAUAUGGGUAGUAUGUCAGUACUGGCAGUGUUCAGCAAUAUAAUCUGCUCUGGAAUCAUGAAUAACGACCGAGAUGAUUUCACCUCAAGCUGAGGAUGAAGGCAGGAGGUACCAAGAUUUUCAUUUUUUUCCCCUCCUUCUGCAUUUCUGACAUCAGCAGAACUGUGUUUUGCAUUUACUGGUGACCUUGAGUUUGCCAGCCGGAUAUGAGGCUGUUGCCCGCUUGUGGUUGUGCGAGUCAUGCUCUGAGGUCAGAGGUCAUCAUAAGCGCCGUUGUCCUUGGGGCAAUCUCAGGCUGCACGUAUUGUCAGAUCGAUUCAGCCGUCACACUGCAAUGUCUGUCAUCGAGGGACUCAAUUCACCAUUCAAAACCAUCAAGAAAUGAGAAAGGAAAGUGCCUCCCGGGGAAGAUAAAAUUCAUCGAACAGUCUUUGCUCUGUCUGUGUAUUUUUGUCAACAAAUUUAAUUCCUUAUUGGAAAGCGGUAAAGGUUCUUUGAAAACACAGUGAACGUAAUUGUUUAAAGACAGAUUCUCUUUGUGUUUUUUUUUUAAACCCAACUGAUUGACACAUGCAUGUACAGUGUCACUUCAAAACAGAUGCAAACAUUGGCUGUCAGCUGCACUGGCUUAAGUGUGUUUUCCAUACAGCUUUUUGACUGGAUGGGGAGUACUGGCUAAACUUGCUGCUAAGAUCGAGGCCUCCCUGCCCUAGGGGACGCUAAGCUGGGGGCAGAAGUCACACCUGCGGCAGCCAUAAACCCUAGUGUCUCUGCCCUUCAAUAGAAGGGGAGCUGAUGGGGGAAUAUGGAUAAUGCAUGUAUACGCCUGUGUUAGCCAUCGUUCUGUAAACACUAAAAGAUUGGUUCUGAUGCAGAGGAAGGCUGCAUGGACACUUAAUCAGCUGUUAGGAUGUCCAACUGAUGCAUUCAACAGUGCCGUUUCAAACCAGCAGACUGCAACAUUUAUACCGCACUGGGUGGAACAAAAAUGUAUAGACACUACAACCGGAAUGAGCCUUUAUUACUGAAGCCAUUUUUGUUAGGUAUACAUUCUUAAUGCACAGUUUCUUUUCUAAUGUCAUCUGCUCCGCUUCAUUGCCCUUCUGGGUUCUCCCAUCAGCUGCCUCCUCAAAUGGAUUCAUUUCCUGAGUAAUACUCUGGCCCAUUUCGUAGUUUCAAGGCCGUUCCAUCCAGGUUGCACGGGGAGGUAUUCUCCAGCAGAACCUGAACCUCAGAGUGGGACAUUUCAGUGAUCUGGCAUGGAAGGGCGGAUCUAUGGGAAAGGCCUUCCUGUCCUCGCCCAGGAUGGUGAGGCUUCAUUAAACCAAGCUGUGUCCAAACCAAACAUGGCGAUCCACUGACAUGAGUGUGCACACCGUCUUCGAGGAGGAAGAAAACCAAAAUACGGCAGAGAAGCCUUGAGCUACGCUUUGGCACAAUGCCCAGGAGUUUCUCUUAUCAGAACCAAAGACAACAUGAGCCGAAACAGAGGAGACUUUGGCGUUAAUUGUUUUUUGGUCCUUUCUGGCAAUGGAGUGUAUGGAAGGGGGCAGUGGAAGAGAGUUAGCUUGUAGUGAAUGAGCUUUCAUGGGCUUUAUUUUAAUUUGCAGCGCUGCACACACACUUUCGGGAGCCAUUUUGAAAAACGUUCAGGUGUCACACCCAGUCCAGACAGACUUAAAGAUUGGUGAAUACGUGAGUGCGGAUCUGGAUCUGGUGUAUGAAAUGGAGUGUCAGGUUGCCGUGAAUUCCAUCAAAACGCAACAAAACGAUAAGAUUUCAUUUACCGAAAUGUACUGUAUGAUAUUGUCUUCUUUCUGAGGGAAAUACUGAUUGGGAAGGGGGGGGGGUCAAUAAAUAUAUGGGUAAUGUUGAUGUGUUUUAUUGUAUCCUGUUACACAAUGUUUAUAUUAUUUGUAAUAUUUAGUUUAAGAUCUUUUCCUUUUUCUCAAAGUAAUAAAGAGACGGUGUAAUAGACAAUAAA